GCCCCAAGGCCAUCACAGCUGUUCUCAAGUGAAGUCUUGGCUGGCUGAUGUGUUUGUGGCAAGGAUGGGAGCUCAGCCGGAUCAUCAGAGCUCUCUGCCUGCCCGGGGAGGGGCCCGCACGCAUGCCAGCAGGGCUGCAGCCCCCCAGCCCCGAGCCAUGCGGUGACGUGGGGACAGCCCCCAGCAGCCAUGGCCCAGUCCCGGGCCAACGGGUCCCACUACGCCCUGACGGCCAUCGGGCUGGGCAUGCUGGUGCUCGGCAUCAUCAUGGCCGUGUGGAACCUCGUGCCCGGCUUCGGCCCCCCCGACAAACCCGGCGGCCAGGCCGGCAACAGCAGCAAGCCCGACCGCGGCUCCGGGGGCAUCCUCAAGAGCAAAACCUUCUCGGUGGCCUACGUGCUGGUGGGGGCCGGUCUGCUGCUGCUCCUGCUCUCCCUCUGCCUCAACGUCCGCGACAAGAAGAGGCAGAGCGAAGAGCUGGCCAUCGCUCACGGGCAGCACCAGGCGUCCGCGGAGCCCUCGCAGCAGGAGGACAGUCAAGAAGAGGAUGAAGAUGUCUCUUCCCAAUAUUACGUGCCCAGCUACGAGGAGGUGAUGAACACUGGCUACUCGGAGCCCAGAGACUCGGACAGGAGCAACAGGCUCAGCGUGUCCCUGCCCUCCUACGAGUCCUUGGCGGGGCUGGAGGAGAGCGGCGCGGCGCCGGGAGCGGCGGGCGCGGAGCCCGGCGUGGAGAGGCCGCCCAGCCGGCACAGCUCCCGCCUCAGCAAGCGCCUCAAGCCCCUCAAGGUGCGCAGGAUCAAGUCAGAGAAGCUGCACCUGAAGGACAUCAGGCUAAACCUGGAGCAGGGCAACAGCAGCGUCCCUAUCACGAUAGAGCCUCUCACCCCUCCGCCCAAGUACGAGGAGAUCCAGGAGAAAAUGCCAGUGGGCCAGCAAAUGCCUUAAAAAAAGGAAUCUGUGAUGCUGCUUGGUUGAGGGUUUUCUAAAACCCACCGUGCCAAGAGGGGGCUGGUGUGUGGGUGCAGAAGCAGCCAGGGCUCCCUGGAAGCUGCCACGUCGAGGACGUGCUGUGGCACAAGGAUGGAACUCAUUUUCCCUGGGACUGAGUUUUACAAAAGACUGUGGGGAAAGAAACCUGAACGCCACAAGUUCUGCUGCUGUGAAGUAAAUGAAGGCUGGGCAUGCCAAAAGUGUCACUUGUGGUGUUUGAAAUGAGACCACCCAGUGCAUCCUCUCAUCUCCUCUCCCCCUCUCUUCCAGCAAGACUUUUCCAAGCCACCAAACUGAUGAUGCAGAAGGAUUUUCCAAGUGGAAAAGUGAAAUGUUUCUUUUUUCGGGUGUCUUUUCUUUCUGAGGAAGGGGAAGCGCAUUGCCAGAGAGGCACCACGGCUUUCCCUGCUCCCAGCUGGGCUGGGCUGGUGGCCCAGAGCCAGCCCUGACUCCUGCCAAGGUCUCUGCUGGCUGGUGGGAAGCAGCUGAAAGGGGCCUCCUGCUCCUCAGGGAGAGGAUGGAUUUCUUGCCUCUGCUGCUUUCGCUGUGGUGUUUCGUGCUCCAUUCGAGGCAAGUGGGUGACUCUGGGGGGUUGGGAGCUGCGUGUGCCAGUGCCAGGGGUGAAACCACUGCUGAGCAUCCUGU